UGCCUUUAUGUUUACAUAAUAUUCAAAACCCCGAAUUUUACGCCAUAGUUCCGGCAAAUCUGUUGUAUUUAAAUUUCCACGAUGAAACCUCAGCUAAUAGAUAUCCCAGUUGAACCAAAAACUCCGGAGGAGGAAGAAAUAUUUAAAAACCUUUGGUCGUUACGACCAUGCUAUUUUUACAACGAAGAAUAUGACGAUUGCACCAGUAUUCGCGGGCGAUUUCAUCAGUACUUCAUCCACGGGGAUAGCAUCGAUUGUAACCAGUGGAAGCGAGAUUUCGACAAUUGCGCCAGAUUUGAGAAGAACCCAAAGGAUACUAAAAGUGCUCUAGAGUUAAUUGAGAGCGAGAAGACAAGGCGAACCGUUCGGCUGGGGGCACAUUAUGGAAACGAUGUUUGGAAAAAACGGGACAAAGUACCAGAAGAUUGGGCUAAACCCCUUCCUGAGCAUCUACGAAAAGAAUACGAGAACUCGUACUUGGAAUUGAAAGCACGAGAAAUGCGAGGGGAAGUGCAGCCUUCCAAGGAUGAUGGCCGGACCAUGUGUGUCAUAAUGUAGAUAAGAGGUGAGCCAUCCUAGGGCUGAAACCCUCUCAAAUAGACAAAAAAAACUAAUAAUGUAGAUUUGUGGGAGAUAAUUACGUAGCUUUAUUGAUAUUAGUGUUAUCAAAUGUACACCAAUGUAUAAUUUAAAACAAAA